AGAGCUUGUUGCAGCCAUCCCUUGACUGCUUGGUACUGUCCUUGGCAAUUCUUAUCUUUUGUUUACCGCUUCAAGCUUCCCCCACAACCACACAUCGAUCGCAACCCCUGAACCUAUUUCCAUCGUCAAUUGUCGAAUCGGGGUAUUAGUUCCAGGCAAAAUGACUCUCUACUACAGUCUUGUUUUUUGCCUUCUCGUCUUCGAGAUGGUGAUAUUUAUUGGACUCAUCGUCCCUCUGCCUUUCACUAUCAAGCGGAAGUUGUUCACCUUCAUCUCUGAAAGUCCGAUAGUAGCGAAACUACAAUAUGGAAUGAAGAUUACAUUCAUAUUCAUUUUGAUUCUCUUCAUUGACAGCGUGAACCGAGUGUACCGUGUCCAGCUGGAGGUGACCAAUUUCUCUAAGGAGAACAUGGGAGCGGCCGCCCUUGGCACUGACCGCAUGGAAGUCCAGGCCCGGAAGUUCUACUCUCAACGUAACAUGUACCUUUGCGGCUUCACCCUCUUCUUGUCUCUCAUCCUCAACCGCACCUACACCAUGAUCCUAGAUGUCCUCCGCCUUGAAGACAAGGUCAAGACUCUUGAGGGUGACAAGAAGGCCGGCGGAAAGGACUCGGCCCGCCUUGCUGAAGCUGGAAACGCUGGCGAGAUCGGACGUCUGAAGAAGGAGCUUGAUGCUAAGAACCGUGACAUUGAGACCCUGAAGAAGCAAUGUGAGGGUCUUACCCGCGAAUACCACAGCCUGGGUGACAAGGUUGCCGGUAAGAGCGACGAUGGCGCCAAGAAGGAUCUGUAAAUCGAAUCGCCAGGCCCAAACUGCAAAAGCAUUCUUGUGUAGUCUCAAGCGAACGUACUGCAUGAGAUACGAAAGGAUCCUGGAGCAGCUCUUAUGCUAUCGUGGAAAUUAAGCGUCCUAUUCACUACUCGCUUUCAAAUAUGAUGAUACAACUGAAAAGCUGCGCAGCAAAGCAAGCAGUCAAUAAUCUUGUGCAAUGGCUUUAUGGUUCCCUGCUUUCACAAAUAUGGUGGUGGUUUGUUGUGGAGAUGUUCCGACGCGUGGUGACGAGGGAGGUCUAUACGCACUGUGUGAUAUUUUAUUCCCUAGUGAUUGACAUAUCAAACAAAAACAAUCAAGAUAUUCUCCA